GGAUAGCGUGGUAAAGUCUGUAUGGCGGGGUUAGGUUGAUCCACGUUACUUAAUUUAUUUUGUUGUGAUAAAAGGUUUAGCUAGCUGCCGGGAUUUUUUUCUUCAAUCGUAUUAACCAGAAAGUAAAAUUGUUUUGUGCAUCAUUUUCAAGGAUGAGUGGCGGAGUGUAUGGAGGCGAUGAGGUUGGAGCCCUAGUGUUUGACAUAGGCUCUUACACAGUGAGAGCAGGGUAUGCUGGAGAAGAUUGUCCCAAGGCCGACUUCCCCACGGUGAUGGGCGUUACCCUGGACAGGGAGGAUGGUAGCACCCCGAUGGAGACGGACGGCGGGGACAAGGGCAAGCAGGGCACCAACUACUUCAUCGACACCAACCAGCUGAGGGUGGCCCGCGAGAAUAUGGAGGUCAUGUCACCGCUCAAAAACGGCAUGAUCGAGGACUGGGACAGCUUCCAGGCCAUUCUAGACCACACCUACAAGAUGCAUUUCAAGUCAGAACCCAGCAUCCAUCCUGUACUCAUGUCAGAAGCCUCGUGGAACACACGAGCCAAGCGGGAGAAGCUCACCGAGCUGAUGUUUGAGCAUUACAACAUUCCUGCCUUCUUCCUGUGCAAAACGGCGGUGCUGUCUUCCUUUGCCAAUGGACGAUCCACCGGGUUGGUGUUGGACAGCGGCGCCACACACACCACAGCCAUUCCAGUGCACGACGGUUACGUGCUUCAGCAAGGCAUCGUCAAGUCUCCCCUUGCUGGAGACUUUAUGAGCAUGCAAUGUAGAGAGCUAUUUCAAGAGUUAAAUGUUGAAAUAGUCCCUCCUUACAUGAUUGCAUCAAAGGUGAGACCUGCUAAAGAUGCUGUACGUGAUGGAACCCCAGCCAGCUGGAAGAAGAAGGAGAAACUACCUCAAGUCACCCGGUCCUGGCACAACUACAUGUGUAAUACUGUUAUUCAGGAUUUCCAAGCGUCCGUUCUGCAGGUUUCAGACUCGCCGUACGAUGAACAAGUUGCAGCCCAGAUGCCCACGGUUCACUACGAGCUGCCCAAUGGAUACAACUGUGACUUUGGGGCAGAGAGGCUGAAGAUUCCAGAAGGCCUUUUUGACCCUUCCAAUGCCAAGGGUCUGUCUGGCAACACCAUGUUGGGAGUCGGCCACGUGGUGACCACCAGUGUGGGAAUGUGUGACAUCGAUAUUCGGCCGGGUCUUUAUGGUAGCGUGGUGGUCACCGGCGGCAACACACUCAUCUCGGGCUUCACGGACCGACUCACCAGAGAACUCUCUCAGAAGACCCCCCCUAGCAUGAGACUGAAAUUGAUAGCCAACAACACAACGGUGGAGCGCAGGUUCAGUGCCUGGAUAGGAGGCUCCAUCUUGGCAUCACUAGGAACUUUCCAGCAAAUGUGGAUCUCAAAACAGGAGUACGAAGAGGGCGGGAAACAGUGCGUAGACAGGAAGUGCCCUUGAUCGACCACCAACAGCAUCUGCUGCCUCCAGAACUCACAAUAACAUGUCUAGUUUAACCUUUUACUGUGUGCUCAGGAACACCCAAGGACGGUAGUUCUGUCGAUUUAAAAAAAUGUUUUUUUUAAA